AUAAAAUUUGUUGUAACAAAAUGGAGGCUUCAUCCCAAAUGAUUGCAUCAGAGAAUGAACAAAAAGCUAAAAAAGAGAAAUUGAUUUUGAAAAAGACACAAAAGAUUGCUAAAGAUUUGAGAGUAGCUAAUUACAUAUAUAAUUAUUCUCGAAGCUAUGAAAGACAUGAGGCAUACGAUUCUGAUGAAAAAAAUAAUGCAACAUCAUUAGGUCUAAAUAUUGAAGUUGAUGAGCAAAGAAAUAUAAACUUUGUUAAGAAAAAGCUAUUUUUUUACCAGGUUAAAAUGGCAAUCUUGAGAUUAAGACGUAUAGAAGGUAGAAAUAAGAAUAUCAUAAAUUUAUUUACUUCCUCAUUUCCAAAGACAGUCUCUACUUUUGGUAUUUAUUCAAUAAAAGAUGGUGGUCUCAAUAUCUCUCCUCAUUUACUCGGUAUAACAAGAGUAAGUUCAAGAGUUCUAGAAGAAAUAGACAUCAUGAAAUUUAAAAUAAGUCUUCCUCAAUUUAAAAGAAUGAUGACCUCAUUCAGUCAUAUUUGACAAGUGAAGAUUCGCUGUUGCAAACUUUCAAUUCCUAGAAUCCCUGAGUUUCCUUAUCAACUGAAGAACACACGGAUUCAACAUAUUUGUUUGAAUCAUUCUGGAAAUACAGAAUUUAGUGACUGGAGAAACAACCGUCAUGAAUUUAUAAACUUGAUAAAAGGAUUGUCUACAUCUCCAGAUUUGGUACAAAGCCUCCAGCAAAUCACGCUGAAGUAUUGCGAAGUAGAACUAGCUGAAGCUAGAAAAGUCCUUAGCCAGAAUGGGUUUAGAAGCAUUAAUCUAGAAUGUUGGCUACCUUAAUUGAUCAUAACUCCUUCAUCUCCUUAAUUUG